GCACCGGAGAGGCAACUACCGAGAUCAAGGGCCUGAAGGAGAGCACAGAAUACACCUUCGUCGUCACGGCGGAGGGACAUCUGGGAAAAAGCGCCCCUAGCGCUCCGUUUGCGUACACCACCAGAGCCAAACCUGCUCUGAAAACACCAGUUGGUCUAAAGGCUUCCUCGGUGAACCACAGUUCUAUGACCAUCACAUGGGCGCCCAUUGCCGGUGCUACUGACUACGCCAUCGAAGUCAAACCCGAGGGCGCCAGCGUUAACGUUACAUCCAAGGGGAAACAAGCACCGGAGAGACAAUUAACCAACCUAAAGGAAGGCACAGAGUACAGGGUGGUGGUGCUAGCCGUUAGUAGCCAUGGCAUGAGCGCGGCCAGUGAACCACUGAUACAGCAAACAUCCCUCGCGCUUUCCGCGCCAUCUGGAUUACGGGUAACCUCCGUCAAAGAUACUUCAUUGACGGUAGUUUGGGGCUCUGUGAAAGGAGCAACCGGCUACGACGUCUCUGUCGACCCCGCCCACGGGAAGGUUGUUGCAGGCCCCAAGGGAUUGACCCAGCCCGAGAGGGAGCUACAAGGACUACACCCAGGAACUGACUACACCAUCAGAGUCGUAUCCAAGGGACUGCGUGGACAGAAGAGUGCAGAAAGCGCGCCUAUCACUCAGAAAACCAAAGUCCUUGCAGUUCCGCAACGGAUAAAAGUCAAAGCCCAAUCCGAAAUGGAGAUCCAAUGGACUCCGGUAGAGGGCGCUGCUAACUAUAAGAUUACGUUAGAGCCGCCGACGGGAGUUGCUGACACCACCGAUAUCACUAAACAAAAAGAAUUUCAAGUCAAGAUCACAGCCGUGGACGAAGCUGGCCACCAUGUGGGCAGCGAAACCUUCGUGCACAAGACUUCUGCCGAAGAAAAGAAGCAGGUCGUCCAGAAGAAGGUUGUGAAGAAGGUCGAAAAGAAAGAAGAAGUCGUCGAGAAGAAGCAGACUAAGGUGGUUAAGAAGGUGGUAAAGACAGAGGAAAAGGUUGAAGAAAAGAAGGUCGAGAAAAAAGUAGUCAAGAAAGUCGAGCUCAAGAAGCCCGAGCCUAAGAAACCAGAGCCUCCGAAGAAGGUUGAAGCCAAAAAGGUCGAGCCCAAGAAGCCCGAGCCUAAGGCGGAACCUCCUCAGAAGAAACCCGUUGAACAAAAGAAGCCCGAAGUCAAGAAGGUCGAAGAGAAGAAGACAGAAACCAAAAUGGUGACUGAGUCUGCGCAAGCGAAGGCUGAGGGAAAGCCAGCAGAAGCUCCCAAGAAGCCAGCCGCCCCCGCCAAACCCGCCGAAGAAGGAGCGGGAGCACCACCACCGAAGAAAUUUGUAAUAAAAAAGAAGAAAACUCCAACGCAAGAACCACGUCAAGAAGAGGCUGCUACAGCUGCAGGCCCAAAGAAAUUCACAUUGAAGAAGAAAAAAGCUGGUCCACCCCCUCCAAAGGAGGAAGCCGCACCCUUCGGCUUCCAACUCAAGAAAACCAAGAAACAGGAAAAGGAAGUGCAGGAAGGUGGACUUGAAGGUGUAAAACUGAAGAAGUUAGAUGUGCCCGAGGGAAGUGGAAGCGAGCAUGAGAGGAGUCCCAGAGGUUCUCCCCGGAGAGGCAUGUCACCUGUCCCCGACCAGCAGCGCGGAGCAGGACAGGGCAAAGGCCCCGCAGCCAAAGGAGCAGGUGCGCCGCCAGCCCUGGGAUUCAAGAAGAAAAAAGCCACCCCGGGAGCUAAGCCAGCCGCCCCGCCCGAGGAGCCUAAGAAGUUGACCUUCAAGAAGAAGAAGAAGCCAAAGGAGGAAGAAGAAAUCGACGGAGCUGAUGCCUGGGGCGUGUCGCUAAAGAAGGCGAAGAAGGUGGACAGAGCAGGGGACGAGUUCAAACUGGAGGGUGUACGUCUCAGGCAUGUUACGUUCGACCCAGUUCCGGAUGAACCUGAUGUGGUACCAGAACCUCCACCCGGCUUUAAGGAGGGUGCGCCCAAGUUCCAGUUACCGGAUAACAUGAAGGAGACUAUCGAACUGCUGGGAGGUCAACCCUGCAACUUCACGAUUCCCAUCGAUGGAACCUUCAAACCAGAGAUAACCAUCAUGAAAGACAACAAGCCCAUCGAGCUGGACGAGAGAGUGAAGAUCUACACAGUCGGAAACUUGUGCAAGGUCAAGAUCGCUGGUGCGGAGAGGUUAGACAGGGGGAAGUACAAGAUCGACGUGAAGACGCCAAAGGGGACAGACUCUACCAACUUUACCGUCAAUGUGAAAGAUACACCCUCGCAGCCCAACGGCCCCGUGAUCUUCAAGUCGGUGAUGUCCGACAACAUGGAGGUGUCAUGGCAGCUGCCGGACGACGAUGGCGGCGCUCCACUCCAGGGCUUUGAACUGGAGAUCUGCGAAUCCGGGAAGAAAGACUGGAAAAAGAUCGCAAACAUCAAGGAUCGAAAGCACAAGGUUACCGGGUUGAAGCCGGACACCAGGUAUCAGUACCGCGUCACCGCCAUCAACGAACAUGGCAAGAGCACAAUGCUCAAGUCGGGCAAGGUCAUGACCAAGCACCCAGAGGCUGAGGCGGCCUGGGACGUGCAGCUGAAGAAGGUGAAGAAGGAUCCCCCAGAUCCCCCACAGAACCCCCGCGUCACCAAGACGGCUAAGAAGCCCAUCACCCAGGCCCAGAUCGUGUGGGAGAAGCCGCUGAGCGACCACGGCAGCCGCAUCAAGGGCUACGUGGUGGAGAGGAAGAAGGAAGGCUCCAGCGACUGGAUGAGGUUAGCCGAGGCGAAGGACUGCAAGAAGGAGGAGUUCCUUGCGACGGGCUUCUCCGAGGGCUUCGAGUACUGGAUCCGCAUCCGUGCCGUCAACGCCGGCGGGGAGAGCGAACCUGCUCCCCUCAUGGACCCGGAGAUCCUCAAGAUUGGAGAGAAGACACCUCCACCUCCUCCCAAACCAGUUAUGCCACCUGGCCCAGUUCAAAACCUGCAGGCCGAGGCGAAGGGAGACGGACACGUCACCAUCAACUGGAAGCCUCCCAAAGACAGGUCCAACGUCACAGGCUACGUCAUCCAGAAACUGGGCGAGAAUGAUGAGGACUGGAUUGAGAUCGGACACGUCGGGAACGAGAAGGAGCUCUUCAACGUGCACGGGCUGGAUUCCCGCCAAAACUACAACUUCCGUGUCAUCGCGCAGAGCAUGGCGGGAGCUGGCGAGCCUGCAAUCACAGAGACCGUCUCGUUGAAGCAGUUCUUGAAACCCAGUGCGUCCACCGAUGUAUCUGCAACAGUCGAGGAGACAGAGAAGGGGCACGAGACCAACGUUAGGCUGAACUGGACGCCCCCUACCGACGGAUCCAUCAUUACAGGCUUCCGUAUCGAGAAGAAGCCCAAGAGGAGUACAGACUGGAGCACGAUUACCACCGUUGGCCCAGACGAGACCACCUACCUGGUGGAGGACAUGACUCCCGAUGAGGAGUUCGACUUCCGCAUCGUCGCAGAGAGCCCGGCCGGAGACGGCAAGCCCGGCGGUACCAGCGUCCUCAUGCCCCCGGCCAAGCCGCCAGAGGUGCCACCAGAGCUCGGCUUCUCCGAGGAGGACAUUGAGGCACUCAAACAAGAUCUGCCCGGUCCGCUCCGCAUAGUGAAGGGUCUGACGGACCUGGAGGUGCCCAUCCGUACCACCGCCCUGUACUACUGCGUGCUGUCCAAGAUCAACAUCAUGGUGCGCUGGAUGUGCGGCUACACCGACAUCCUGCCCGGGAAGAAAUACCAGACGAAGAUCGUGGGCAGACUGCACAUCCUCUGGGUGUCCGACUGCAGAUAUGACGACGAGGGCAUCUACAAGGUGGAGAUUCCCACCAAGGAGGCCUCCACUGCCAAGCUGAAGAUCAUGGAGAACUGGGCGAAGCCUGGCCGCCGCCACAACCUCAAGCCGUUCUUUGAAACCCCCUUGGUCAACUACUGGACCGAUACCGGAAUGGAAGCGCAGAUGACUGUCAAAUACGGAGGCUAUCCCACACCGAAGAUCAGAUGGAACCGUGGUCUGGAGAUGAUCCGCGCGGGUCCCAAAUACGAGUUCAUCUCAGCUGACGAUGAAGUACAAACCCUGAUCAUCAAGAACGUGACGGAGUCAGACGCCGGCGAGUACACCGUCACCAUCACCAACGAGGCUGGCGAGAAGACCAGCACGGGCUCUCUCAUCGUUGGCGGUGCAGGCGCACCUGCCGGCUUCGAGAACCAGUUCCCGCUGGGCCGGCCGAUCCGUACCCACUUCACCCGGCAGGAGCUGAUGGACCUGGCCGCCGGUGGAGGUGAGGGAGGCCCCCGCCAGGACGACAUCAGCAAGGCCCUGGAGAGGCUGGAGACCGAGUACAACGUCGUGAAGGGAGCCAAGCGCCGCAUGAUGACCACACCCCUGUCUUGGUACCGACAGAUGAGAGUAGACACCCGGGAAGGCGACGAGGCCGAGAGAUUCGGCUACAAGGUCAUCGGGCAGCUCAAUGUCAACCUUCUAGAUAUCAUCUACAAGGAACCCGACAUCAGGCUUUAAAAGACUCGUCAGCCAUUCGCUCACCGAUCACACAACUGGCUAUAUUUUACAUUAUGAAUAUCCGUGCUGCGUGUAAUCGAAUGUACAAAAACGUUAUGCACUUAUUCAGAGCAUAGGAAAGCGUCAAUGGAGUACAGUAUUUUUAUUCUACUGUAAGAACGGACGCGAAGGAAUGUUCUAACAUGAGUAUGAUAACAAUCCCCCCUCCCCAAAUUGAUAGUUGAUGUGAUAGAGUACC